AUGGCCAGGUCCCAGAAGACUGUGCUAGCCCCUCCUCAGAGAGAAGGGGUCCAGACAGCUGCUGCCACCUCCACCCUUCCCCACAGUGGCUUUGACCAUCCCCACCACGAGAGGGUCCGCCGACCCACCCGGUGCCUCUGCAGCCCCACCUCACCUCCAACUGCCAAGUUGUCAAAGAAACCCAAGAUGCAGGCCACAGGGGACAUGUUUCCCACCAACUGGAGCCCACCACCCAUUGAUUUCCUGACCCCGAGGACUCAGGAAGCUGGCCGGGGGGCCCUAGCCCACAGGUGGGCGGAUACGGCGGAACCUCAGGGACUGAGGAGACUGUCCUGCUGGGUGCCCGUGGAGCUAGAGCAGAAGCCCCAGGUCUCAGACCCCAAGGGGGACCUGGCCUCGCUGGAGGAGCUGUUCUGGAACACGGCAGGCCCAAGCCAGCAGGCUGCGGCUCCAGUGUUCACCCCUGGGAGCUCAGAAACCUACAUCAACAGCUUAGAUUACUUGCUGCAGGAGAAGAGGGAACAAGCACUGGAGCAGGAGCAGGAGAAGCUGCUUGUGCAAGGCUGUCCUGACCUUGAUUCCUUGGAUCUUGAUGAGGAGGACCUGCCUCUCACACCAGAGCACAGGAAGCUGGUGGAGAGGUUCUCCAUGUCCCUGCAGGUCAUCCCAUCAGUACAUCCAGGAGAGACCACAUUUCUACCCAGGCGUCACCCCCUGCCUUGCAUCCUGGACUGUUCACACCUGAAGCCCCAUAACCACCUGGAAGAAAUGUUCCUCAGCUCCCCACUGGCCCAGCAACUCUCCUUUCUGCGCAGCGGCCUCCUGAGCAACCUCUACCUGCAGGCGCCUGCGCCCACCUGCCCUGUGCCCCUGCUCCAGUGGUUGUUCCAGCUCCUGACAUGGCCUCCAGAAACUUCUUUGAGAGCCUUUGGCCUCCUGUGGGAUCUCAGCAUGGAUAGACUCUUUCAUCAGUCUGAUGAAGACGUGUACAUGUGGUGUCCCUCGCUGCAAGAGAUCGUGGAGGUAUUUCACAGUCUGGGUGCCCACAGCCCUGCUUUGUACCCGCUGGGGCCUUCUCAGCACAGUGAGAGAGUGCCUAAAGCGGAGGCUAGCCUGAGCCAGGGCGAGCAGCAGGACACCCCCCAAGAGACCGCCUUGGACAUCAGCCUGAGCUAUAUCUAUAAGUUUCUUACACUGUGUGCCCUAGCACAGCCAGGGGCCAUGACUGAUGGGAACCUCUUGGACCUCAUUGAGCUGCUGUGCAGAGCUGGCCUGGAUGUGGGGCUGCGCCUGCUGCCCAAGACAGACCUCCAGCAGCUCCUGCUCCUGCUCCUCGAGAACAUCCAGGAAUGGCCAGGGAAGCUCCGGCAGCUGUGCUGUGCCCUGAGCUUGGUGUCGGAUCACCACCACAACCUGCUGGCGCUUGUGCAGUUCUUCCUGGAUGUGACCUCCCGGAGCAGGCAGCUUCGAAGCCAGCUCAGCCUCGUGGUCAUUGCCCGGCUGCUAGACCAGCAGGAGAGCGUCUCUCUCUGGCAGGAGAAGGCCCGGCUGGUAGAGCUCAGCCGGCUCCUGAGCCUCAUGAGGCCAUCAUCCCUUGGGCAGUACCUGGACUCCGAGACCUUACUGCUGUGCCAGGAGCAACAGCCAAAAGCCAGUGCUGAGCUAGACCACAAGGUCUGCUACCUGUGUCACAGCCUCUUGACACUUGCUGGGGUGGUGGUCAGCUGCCAAGACAUUACUCCAGACCAGUGGGGAGAGCUGCAGCUGCUAUGUAUGCAGUUGGACUGCCACAUCAGCACCCAUAUCCGGGAGAGCCCCCAGGCCAUGCACCGCACCAAGCUUAAGGACCUAGCUGCCCAGACCUACAUCUGCUGGCAGGAGCUGCUGUCCCGCUGCCAGCCGCAGGCCCCAUUCUUCAGCCCCUGGGAAGACAUCUAA